AUGUGCUACGGCCUCCCGCCUUUAAUUAGUGACGAAGACUGCGUUGCUGGCAUCCCCAGCGAAGUUAAUAUAUAUCCGCCUUCGGGAUCUUCUUCAUUCCUGAUGAUCGAGGAUGAUUUACGCGACAUGUCGACAACGGGAAUCCCGGACGGCAGCAAUACACCGACCACACUACUCACGUAUCAAACAUACAAGUUGCAAUUUUACAUCAUUCUUGGUCAAAUCACAUCCACCCUAUAUCGGCAGCCGCACGGUGGGUUUGACGCUUUUAUGUCGAAAUAUAAAAGCCAGAGACCAGCGCAACCCUCACUUGACUCGAGAGGAAAAUCAAAAGGACUGAUCGAAGCCGUCCAAAGUUUGGAGCUUCAACUGAGCAGGUGGCACAACGAUCUCCCAAAAGCUCUGCGCCUGUCUGAAGACCUGACCUAUCCAGGUUGCAAAGAACCUCUUGACGAGGACGACGACGAAAUCAUCAUUCCGGCUUCCGACGACAUAGAUAAGAGUUCGAGCAAAGUGCGGGAACGCAGGGAGAAGAUCAAGAAUGCCAUAUACGGAAUUCAAGCACUGCUGCUCCAACCGGCAUACGACAACGCACUGAUCUUGCUUCACCGACCAAUCUUGGCGGUCAAGGAUAGUAUCUCACUUGAAAUUUUCCGUCGGUCGGUGACUCCUUGCUGGAAGGCGACCAUGAGAAUAUCGAAAAUCGGCAAACAUCACGCCUUUCGCGAAAAUCAACAAGCCCGUGCGAUAUCUUACGUUGGGAUUCACCUCUUUACGGCUGGGGCAGUCCUGAGCGCAUUUGCCAGCAGUGAUCCAUUGAGCAGGUGGGCAUGGGAGUCGAAGCGAGGGUUGAGCAGGGUCAUCAAGAUGCCACGUCGAUUGCGACGAAAAUUCGUUGUCUCUAGCCAAAGUCUCGGUAUCCUGGAGAAUCUCGCUCAAGAAGUGCUGAGAAGAGAGAUGAAGUCCAUCAUCGCCAAGGACACAGAUGAUGACGAUCCAAAAGGGGUGGCUGAGAUGGCGCAGUACAGCCUGUCGUCGAUCCGUGAAGCUCCGCCGGCAUAUGUGGGCUCACAGUCAAGUGACGGCGUCGAACAGGGGCAACCACCGUAUUGGUCCAAUGCCGUAGAGCAACCUGCCGAGCGUAGCCGGUCAUCAGCUGCGUUGCCGACAAGCCCUCCUAUUGAUCUGGGAAAUAGCCUGUUCCAAGACUCAAUGCUAGAGAUCAAUGAGUCCAUGUUGGAUAUCGAAAGAUGUGGGUAUAAUCCUUUUCCAUUUUCCCCCACCCAUCAUGACCCAACCGGUGCUAAACGUAACAUAGUCCUAGCCGAAUCUCAACUCCCGCUAUGGCCGGACACUGCUAUGGGCGUCACUGGUUCUUCUAUGAAUGAUGACUUCCAGCAAGCAAGGCUUUGGUGGUUCUCUUACGACCAAUGA